CCGCCUCUCUGCUCCUAUUCGUCUUUCUCUUCUGUCUCUUUUCUUUCCCCGCCUCCUCCUCAAAAAACACAGCCCCAUCGCUUAACGAUGCCGCAGCCGAAGUCCCGCAAGGUUGCGAUACUGGGAUACCGAUCAGUGGGGAAGUCUUCGUUGACCAUUCAGUUUGUUGAAGGGCAGUUUGUUGACUCAUAUGACCCCACAAUAGAAAACACAUUUACAAAAUUGAUCACAGUCAAUGGGCAGGAAUACCAUCUGCAGCUUGUGGACACAGCUGGACAGGAUGAGUACUCCAUUUUUCCUCAAACCUACUCCAUAGACAUAAACGGAUACAUUCUGGUGUAUUCAGUUACUUCCAACAAAAGUUUUGAAGUGAUCAAAGUAAUUCACGAUAAAUUGUUGGAUAUGGUGGGGAAAGUUCAAGUACCGAUUAUGUUGGUUGGAAAUAAAAAGGAUUUGCAUAUGGAAAGGGUGAUCAGCUAUGAAGAAGGGAAGAGCUUAGCUGAUUCCUGGAACGCUGCUUUCAUGGAAUCAUCUGCAAAAGAGAACCAGACUGCAGUGGAAGUCUUCAAGCGAAUAAUAAUGGAAGCAGAAAGGGGAGACGGAGGCACUCAACAAGGGAAAACCACAUGCUCAGUAAUGUGAGGCCUGAAAACGCUGACAGAACUACUCUACUUGAAGAGGCAAACUGCCUCUUUCCCUUUAAUAAAAACUGCCACUUUCCCUUUAA